AUGGGCCAGGGCCGGCUCCCGGCCCGCCGCGGGCUCGGCUGCUGCGUCCUGGUGCUGCUGCUGCUCCUGGGCGGCUCGGGCAGCCCCGGGACAAGGCUCCCGCCCCGGGCGCCCUGGGCAGAGGAGCAGGAAGCCGUCCCGGAGGGGGGACCGUGGGGCAGGGUGAGGUACGAAGCCGUGAAGAAGCAUUUGGGAGCUGUGGGUGCUCUCUCCAAGCAGUAUUGGCAGUACUUGGCGUGCAAGGUGUGGCAGGAGGGCUGUGAGGAGGAGGAGGAGAAGCAGCGGAAGAGAGAAGGAGAGGCCAGUCCCAUCCCAAGCUGGGGCUUUCCUCUGAUAGGCCGGGAUUACCUGGAGAUCCUCUCUGCCUGGUACUGCAGCUUCGGCAGGUGCUGCGAGACAGGAGACUGCAGGAUAAUCAACAACAUCACAGGGCUGGAGGCAGACCUCAAUGGGCAGCUCCACGGGCAGCACUUGGCCAAGGAAGUGGUGGUGCGGGCAGUGCAGGAGUUCCUGCAGAGCCCACGGCCCCAGAAGGCCCUGGUCCUGUCCUUCCAUGGCUGGUCUGGCACAGGGAAGAACUUUGUGGCUCGGAUGGUGGCCAGUCACCUGUACCGGGACGGGCUGAAGAGUGACUGUGUCAGGGUGUUCGUCUCCCUCCUCCACUUCCCACAUCACAACUACGUGGACUCCUACAAGGCCCAGCUGCAGAGGCAGAUCAGCGAGACCCUGCAGCGCUGCAGGCAGGCCCUGCUCAUCUUCGACGAGGCCGAGAAGCUGCAUUCCAGCCUCCUGGAUGCCAUCAGGCCCUUCAUGGUUCAGCAGGACAGCGACGGCCAGCAGAGACCCAUAUUCCUCUUCCUCAGCAAUCUUGGUGGCAACACCAUCAAUGAGGUCGCCCUGGACUUCUGGCGAGCCGGCCGGGCACGGGAGGAGAUUUCCUUGGAGCUCCUGGAACAGCGGCUGCAGCUGGAGCUGCAGGAGCCUGCAGAGAACAGUUAUGCCCACAGCCACCUCCUCAGAGAGAACCUCAUCGAUUUCGUGGUGCCAUUCCUGCCUCUGGAAUACCAGCACGUGAGGCUCUGUGCCCGGGAUGCCUUCCUGGCCCGUGGGCUUCCCUACACCGAGGAAACGCUCGACAAAGUAGCCCAGAUGAUGGUGUUCGUCCCCAAAGAGGAGAAGCUUUUCUCUGCACAGGGCUGCAAAUCCGUGCCCCAGCGCAUCAAUUAUUUCCUUCCUUGAACACCAGGUGGGACCACACGUGUGCUGAAGGUGGUUCUGCACUCUGGGAGCUGCUCUCCUCACACAGGGUCGGACGCAGAUGACCCAGCCAGGCACUUGCACAGAGACUUAAGCCCCCUGUUACUCCCAGAGCUCUUGCAGGGAAGGACGUGCAUCCCUUAGUCCUGGGAUGUGGGGGACAGCCUGUGCUUGGCUGCGUUUGGAGUCUGUCUGGUAUUUUAGCUGGCAGCAGCCUGAAGGGGUGAUGUGGUUCUGCUGGCAGAUGCUGUUCCACGUGAGUGGGGACUGGAAAUGCCCAAGUCCUUGGUUUGUUGCUGUGUGGUGAAAGGAAGCCUUGGACAGGCUGGUCCUGUUGAGACAGCAUGACUGAAGCCAUGUCCCUGUCCCCAGUUUUCUCAGUCACUUUACAAGAUCACCCAGAACUGUUUUGCUGGAGUUUUUCCCCUCUGUUGCUCUCAUGCCUUUCUAAGGUGUCUCCUGCUUAGGGACACAUGGGCCAGGAUCGUAGUCAGUGCAGGGAGAAACGGACUGAAUAAUCUCCUCUGGAGAUGCCAAAUCCAUAACUCUCACCUUGGAGUGUCCACCUCUCACCGGAGUCUUCCGUUGUAUGGAAGCAGCUGCCGGGGUGAGGGGAACUUCUGCUGCAGUGAGAGCCUGUUUCCUUCACUGCAAAACCAAAAAGGGGAGAGAACUCCUCUGCCAAGGGCAAAGGGCAGAUGAGGAGAAUGGUGGCUGAAGCAUCAGGCUCCAGCUGAAUGAGAAUUUUCAUGGAUGCAGUAAAAGCUUGGGUUUUUUCGUUUUUCUCUUCAGUACGUUUCAUGCUGUGGUGUUUUGGCUGGUAUCAGCAUUAUUAUUAUUACUAUUACAAAGGGCUGUUUGCUGUCUGGGUACUCACCAGGUGAUAAGUGUGUUGCAGCAGCUCCAAAAAAUUUCAUCAGUGUUACAGGAAUCACUCUGUGACCUCUGGGUCAAAACUCCCUUCCAACAGGGCUGUGCUGGCGAGGAAUGAAUCAGCACCUGCCAAGGACAGGGCUUGGCUUCCCAGCCACCCCACAGGGGGACCUUUGAUCUAUUUUAAGCUUUGACCCAUUUUGCAGUGCCAGUGAUGAGCAGCAAGACCUCUGGGAAAGAUUGACCAGACAGACACGUCUGAGCCCUGCAGACUUUGAGUCCCUGCUUCCCUCCGGGCACGCUGGCUCCGUUAUCUCAUGAGGCUUCAUAGUCCAAGGCAGAGACGAGCCAGCUGCUUUCCCACUGCUCAGCCACUGCAGGUGCCUUAACCCGGCUGUGUGGGAUGGACCUUCAGGCUGUGCCAGCAUGUGUGAUCAGGCAUUUCUGAGACUUGGUUUAUGGUUAAUUUCCAGUGUCAGAAACCUGGGAAACACUGGGGGCAAUGCCUCCAGCUGAGACAGGGAGGCUUCUGCUUCACAGGACACAACUCGGGUUGUUUGGUCACCUGGGCAGAAAGUUUAGCAAGAUGUUUGUUGAAGGUUAGCUGCCAAAAGGUUGUGUGUGUAAGCCAGGAUAACGUGGAAUUUUUUCUAAAUGUCAAGAAGUGUUCAGCUGGGUUAGGCUGCCACAGGCUGGGGUGGUGGGAGGCCUGGGGGGGACUGGUUUGAGGUGGGCACGGGAGCAGCUCUGGCUGUGGCUGCUGAAGGAGGUGGGAGGUGGUGGUGACAUUGGGCGAGGCGAGAGCUGCACUCUGCUGGGUCACAAGUGUGUGUGUCACACUCGAGUGAGCUCUGAUCAGCCCUACAACAGCAAGAGCUGCUCUCUGACCACACCAGGGCAACAGUCUGCAUCUAAACAGAUACCACAUAAAUAAAGAUACUGCUUUUUUUGCAA